CCAUAAUUUUUGCCAGGGGUUGUAUAUUCCUCCAAGAGAACGGGAACUAGAAUCUGGGAGGGAGGAAUCAGAAGAAGAAGAAUAUUGGAAGUGAAGGUAGCAGCUGGAGGAGAGCAAGUAGGGGAAGAAAACAAAGUAAAUACAGAUAGUAAAAACAGAUAUGAGAGGGACUUGAGACGGUUAUCAAAUCAGCUAGGAACUUCAAGGGCUGAGUUUGACAUAAGGAUGGGAACAGGUGAGACUGGCCAUGAAGAGCCAAAAUGUACUAGAACUGGUAGCUGUCUUACUGACACAGAACCUUUUGAGCAGUGACACUUUGUUGAUUCAAUAUGUCGAUGACUUACUAAUUGCUUGUACUUCUAAAGAGCUCUGUUUACAGGAUACUGUUACCAUUCUUACUCAUCUGGCGAACUUAGGAUACAAAGUCAACAAAGCCAAACUGCAGAUAUGCCGACCUGUCGUGACAUUUCUAGGACAGAGGGUUUCCAGAAAGGGUCACUCCCUGACUGCUGACACCAGAGGUUGCAUCCUGAAUCACCCGAAGCCAACUACCGGAAAAUGGUGAACAUGACUGAAGGUCUGAAUUCCGACCCUGAUGCAGAACCACAUUGCUGUGAGCAAAUUACACAAAAACUGUUGAAGUGUAGGGAAGAUUUGGAAGACACUCCUUUAGAGGACCCUGACCUGACUCUAUUCUGUGACGGAUGCUGUUACAAAGGGGACAAGGGACUUGUAGCCUCAUAUGCAGUAGUCAAGCAGACUAAUGAGGGUUUCAUCCCUGUGGACUCAGGAAUCAUUGAACAACCAGCGUCUGCCCAAUUGGCUGAGUUAGUAGCAAUCACCAAAGCAUUGGAGAAAGCUGCUGAUCAAACAGUUAACAUCUACACAGACUCAGCUUAUGCCCAUUCUGCGUUGCAUCUAGAUGGGCCGCAGUGGAUAAGGAGAGGACUAGUGACUGCACAAGGGACACCCAUCAAGAAUGCAACACAGAUUUUUCAGCUGUUGAAAGCAGUAAACAAACCAAAGAGAGUGGCUAAAAACUUGCAAUGCUACUGAGGUUUUUGCUAUGCUGUAUUUUCCAAUGGUAUAUUGGCAUGGAUAAAAUCAGUGUUUUUUUUAGGUAUUAAAAGGUAACAGUUUGAAAAUAAAAAUUGUAUUGUGUAAU